CGCCUGGGCUCCCGGGAGUCCCGCGAGGCGCUGCUCGCCUGCCUGCUCUGCAUCCUCAACCUCCGCAAGAAGGUAGACGACUAAGACCUGCAGCGCCGAGCACCCGCCUCCCGCUCCCCCCCGCACCUUCCCACUCCCCCUCCCUGGAGGGGCGCUGCCCUCUGGCUGGAGGAUGGGGCUCCCUCCUGCCUGGUGACAGCCCCCCCAGCCCUGCCAUGGCAGCCGUGUGAGGGAGCCCCCCUCGCAAGCCCUGCUGCUGCCCCCCAGGAGGGCUGGGAGUGAGCUGGGCAGAGCCGAGGAGGAGGCGGCUCCGUGGGGAGCGCUGGGGGCUUCUCGGCCUCCCGAGCGAGUUGGACCGCAGUGCCUUGCUGUCUCCUCGCCUCUUGGCAGCCACCAGCCCUGGCACUUUGGGGGGCCCCCAGGCAGCCGAUGCUGGGGGAGGAUGUCUGGCAGCACGGUGAGGAAGGUCCAGCCCUUCACCAUCAGCACCAAGCUCUCGCUGCCCAAGUGUGCCGCCGACUGCCCCGGAGACCCAUGCCCUGACGUCGCCAUGGCUGCCCUGGAUAACCGCGGCCUGCGCCACAACCUCAAUGAGCGCGUCUCCCUCUACCUGGCCCAGACCCAGGCGGCCCCAGGGCCCCCUGAAGGCAGGGUCCAGAGCACCAGCCCCAUGGAGGAAGGGGUCUCUGAUGAGGACCAGCUCAACCGCAACUCGCUCUCCCGCUCCAUCAAGAAGAUCACGCUGUCCAACUGGCAUGGGGAGCCGGGCCCUGGUGAGGAUGGGGUGGCCGGGGACCCUGCCCAUGCCAGCUGCCAGAGGAACCACAACAACAACAACAGCCGACCAGGGAAAGCUCCCUUCAAGCUUUCAGGAAGCCAUGCAGCUGCUCCCUGGAAGGAGAGCAUCAAGACCAAGGAGCCAGGUGGAAUAGCUUGGCUAAAAACUGGCUUGAGAAACAGCACAGGGCAGGCAAACCCCAACCUGACCCCUCUCCUCGCUCAGUUCAACCAGGAGAUAAUGCAGGCAGAGAAUUGGGUGCGAGGGAAACUGCGGGACCUGAAGGACGGCUGUGAAAUCCAGGACUGGGAGCGGGUGGCCCAGAACCUGCAAAGGGACAUGAAGGAUUUUGAGAACGCACUGAUCAAACUCAACCAGAUGGGUGAGCAGCUCAUGGGCUGGCCCAGCCCCAGCGUGGAGACUGUCAGGAAGCAGCUGCUGGCCCUGAGGGAACAGUGGCAGCUGCUGAAGCAGACAGCCUCAAAUCAGAGCAAAGCCCUGGGCGGGCUGAGGAGCCUCCAGGAGUUCAACAGGAAAGCUGAGCAGCUGGAGGCCUGGAUCAGGCAGAAGGAAGAGAAGCCCAUGCUGGCUGCCCUCCUGCAGCAGAGCCUGGACAAGAUCCAGCUCACCCGCCGUAUCCUCGACUUAAAGCAGGAGGAGCAGCGGUUCCAUGGCCUGCACGAGGAGAUGAACACCUUGGCCCAGAGACUGGAGAAGCAGGGCAGGAGUGAAAGUAGGAGCAUUUCCGCCCGGCGCAAGCACCUCAACAAAAUGUGGCUGCGGCUCCAGGGGACCCUGAAGGAGCAUCAUGAGACUCUUCAGCUGGCCCUGGAGGCAGCUGCCUUCAUCCAGCAAGCAGACAUGCUCCUCAAAGCCAUCCAUGCCAAGUGGAGGAGUCUCUAUGGAGUGGGGAAGCAGGGGGAGGCCGAUCCCAGCCGGGACCAAGAUGUGAGGGACAUUGCCAGCCAGGUGAUGAUGUUGGAUGUGACUGUGUCUCAGCUCAUCAGUCUCCACCCCAGCCUGGUAGCCCGCGUCACUCACAAACACCGAGAUGUCAAAGAGAGUUGGGCCCGGCUCCAGCAGGUGCUAAGGAAUGAGAAGUCACCUGUGCAGUCCCUGACAAGCAGUUCUCCAAGGGAAGCCCUGAGCCCUGAGCAGACAGGAGGCAGUAGUGAGGGAGUUGCCGGAAGUGAAGCUGGAAACAAGGAAAAGAGAGUCCCAGGAAAUGAGGUGCAGAAGGAUGUUUCAGGCAGUGUGACAGAGCAUGUAAGAGGCGAGGAAGGCAGUCCAGGCUUUCCUGGAGGGCAUCUCACCCAGGGGUGCCACAGCAGCAAGAGGAGGAAGCUCCCAGGACACUCGGAUGCUGGCUGGGGUGUGCCUCAGCAGGAGAGCCAGCUGCAGGACUACUGCCAGGCUGCUAACAUGGCCAUAUCCUGGCUGAAGGAGGGUGCAGGGCCUGGCAUCCAGCAGAACCAAGUGGAGGAUGCUGAGAACUUAGAGGCACUGCAGAGCCACCAGGAAAUCCUGGGCAACAGCACUGGCUUAGAGGCUGUCUGCCAGGAAGGACAGAAGCUGUUGCGUGCCUGCCCCAGGGGAAGCCCCGAAGUGGAAGGUGUCCUCCGGGAGCUGGUGGGGCUGUGGGAGGAGCUGCAGAGGAAGCACCAGGAGAACGGCGCAGUGCUGAGGGAGAUCGAUAAGGCUUUGCGGCUGGUGGGGGAGCUGGACCAGGCCGAGCACUGGCUACAGGGUGUGGCAGGCUCACUCUCGGAGCCGGCUGCUAUGAAGAACCCAGAGGAGCUCCGCAGGGACCUGCAGGACAUUGGCAGCCUGGAGAACCAGCUCCUGCUUUGGGGCAUCAGGCUCCAGGCCCUACGGGAGGAGAUGGGCAGGGAGCCCUCCACGGGACAUGAGGCUGCUGGGAGGAUUCAAAGGAAGGUGGAGACUCUGGAGGAAAAGCUGAGGUGUGUGCGAGCAGCCCUCCGGCGGCGGGCAUCGGACCUGCGCGACUCCCUGGUGCUAUCCGAGUUCCUGCAGAAUGUGCAGCAGGAAGAGGUGCUGAGCCAGAAGAGCCGUGUGCAGCCAGUGACCCACCAACUGGACCCCAAGGAGCCCUUGCACCUCCUGCUGGUGCAGUCUGGGCAGCAGCUGAACAGAGAGGGCAUGAGCAGUCCCCUGGGGGAGCUGCAGGAGGCAGUGAAGAUGCUGAAUGAUGCAGUGAAGGAACGGGAGCGGGUCAUGGAGGCAGCGGCGGAGACGGAGAGCCUGGAGCGCCUGCUGGCAGAGGUCUCCCUGCAUAUGCAGGCUGUCCGGUGCAGAGCAGAGACCCUGGCGCACGACAUUGCCCAGGCAGAGAGGGGCUUUGCCACAGUGAAGAGCGAGUGGGAUCUGCAGGGGCUGCAGGGUUUGCUGAGCCGGCAACAGGACAUGGAGCGUGAGAUGUCAGAGGCACUGGAGGGGCACCUGGAAGAGCUGCAGAGGACAGCCACUUGCUUGGAAAAGCUCUGCGCCACUCAGAGGUGUGACCUGGUCCCAGAAGUGCAGGAGACGCUGAAAGCUGGGGAGGGUCUGCUGGCACUGGUGCUGGAAAACAAGACCCGCAUGGAGCAGGCUGGUCAGCUACGGCAGUUCUUCAGGGAUUACUUGGCUAUGAUCUCCUGGACUGAGGACACGCGGGCUCAGAUCUUCUCAGAAAACCUGAGCGCCCAUGGCCUCCUGGAGGCCCAGUGUGAGGAGCUGGAGAGGAAGAUUGAGGACAAGUUCAUGGAGUUUGAGGAGCUGGCAGCAGCAGGCCAGAAGCUGGUCUCUGAGGAGCAUGACCUGAGUGAGACAAUCCAGGAGCGCAUGGAGGAGCUGCAGAGCAUGCUGGGGUGGGUGCUGGUGCGCUGGCGAGCCCAGAAGCACCAGCUAGACCCUGGGAGUAAAAGCAAUGGUGGCAAGGGCCAGGACAAUCCACUGGACUCUACCCAGAGUGCAUUUCCUGGCAGCCAAGAUCGACAUGCCCCAUCAGUUUUGCCUGAUGCUAAGAGCUUGCUGGGCCCUAAUGCUUCAAAAGGACCUCAGCCUUCAUCAUGCUCCUUCCUGGAGCCCCUCACUCCCCCACAGGACCUCAAGGCACAGCCCCAGAGGCAGGAGAAAGAAGUGGUGCCUCCUUCAGUACUGCCCGUUCCCAGACGGGAGCUGAGCUGGGAAGGUCCUGGUGACUCCACACCACUGGAGAUAGGAAUCCCCAAGGAGACCCUGGUCAACCCCUCCAAGACCCCAGUGGUGGUGGUGCCGCCGCGAGGCCCCAGCAGCGUGGGAGGGACAGUCAGCUUGAUCCUGAGCAUUGGCAAGAAAGGGGAUAAGAGGCUACAGCUGGCGCAGGCUGGAGCGGAGCAGGGGGAAGAGGCCCUGCACAAGGUGAGCGCCUAUUUGUGUGUGAAGGAGAACGAAGGGGUUGGAUCCACCACCCACAAGAGCUCAACCGUGCCCCGCCCAGCCAAACAAGCGCCUGCAAGAAGCCAUGCCUCCCUGGUUUCAAGCACUGGGGCAGAUACUGCCUUCCACACCCUGCCCAAAGCCAGCUCCAGCUCUCUCAUGGACAGCCUGCAGAGGGGCAGGAAGGCAGUGGUGGAAGGUGCCCAGCCACCCUGGCAGCAGAGGCUCCUGACAGCAGAACCCAGCCAGCUGCAGCCUUGGUCGGAAGAGAAGCACAAUCCCAGUAACACUUGGCCCCUGAAGUGUGAGAGGAGGAAGGUGGCAGGGAGGGCUUCCAGCCCCAGGCUGAGAGAGCUGGGAGAGGGACCCCCAGGAAGGGCCAGCAAUGCUGAAUGUAGUACCAUCAAGGCUGCAUCUAGUGGCCCCAAAGCUGAAGUCCUGAGCCACAGCUUGGGUCCCAGCAGCUCGCAGCCAGCCACAUCAAAGGGCCCUUGCCGGCAUCUUUCUCUGGGGUCUGUCCUGAGCCUGGAACUGCCCAAGGACCUUGGUCUCCUCAGGAAUGUCCAAGACUCUAUUAAAAUAGCAUGGAAGGAGGUGGCUGAAAGGAAGAAGGGACAGCAGCCCUGUGGAGUGAUUCAGUGGGAGGUCAAGGGGCCAGAGCGGGAGGUGAACGAUGCUAGCCUGUCAAAGGAGGUGCUGAGCCAUCAGCUAACCACCUGCCCAAGGCCUGGAGGAUCCAUAGAGCCUUCCAGGAAGGCUCUGAAUAGUGAGCAUAGCACUUGGUUUGAAGAAGUGAGCUUCAACCCAGGCUAUGACAGGCAGAAGACUCAGAGUGUUGCUGCAGCCUCCUCCCGAGAGGAUGGGCAGAGUCUCCAGGUCCAGGGCAGCUCCAGCGGUGAUUUCCUGGACUUCCAAGUGCACCAGUUGUCCCGCAUCAGCAUGCUACGUGAACAGGCUGGCCAGGAGUGGAACCAGCUGACAGCCAUGCUGGGGAAGCCUGGCAGUCCAGGAAGAGUGCAACCUGAGAAGCCAGUGGACCUCAAACCCCAAGUCCGGGAAGCCACCAGGGUAGAGCUCAGGCCUUCUCCUACCAAGCUCUCCAGUGGGGCCCUCGUCAGAGGAGAACCACCACGAGAAAGCAUGAAGCUCAAGGAGGACACCCUGGAGGGCAAGCUAGAGGCUGCCCCUGUGAGCAAGGUCUCUGAGGAAAGCCCUGUGCGACUCCCUGGUGGAGGUACAGACCCAUUCCCCUUGAUUAACCUGGACCUCAGAGCCACCCCCCAGCUCUCAGUUUUGGAGUAUGAUCUCAGUUACCCACAGCAGAGCCUGGCAUCAGCCUCUGCAGGGCCUCAGGACCUGGCUUCUGCUGGACACAUGAUGGGGUUAGGCCUGUCCAAAGAAGCAAAGCUGCCAGGCUCGGUAGAGGUUUGCCACCCUGACCGUGAGCUGUUUGAGAAAGAUGAAGAGGAGCUUCAGGCCAUCUGGAGCAGCGUGGGGGGGCACAGCAGGCAGAGUCCCCGAGCAGACCCCAGCAUGUGCCCCACCAUGGGGAAUGGGUCAGACGAGGUGCAGAACCCAGAUGUCUCCAACAGGAAGCUCAUCUUGACAUCAGAGAACAAUGUGCUGGUGGCCAAGUUCAUGCUGCCUGCCUCUGCCCAGCUCCUUUGCAAUCCACAAACAGGAAGAGGCACCGGCGAGGGGCAUAAAACUGAGGGAAGCCCGAGUGGGUUCUGGGCAUCGCUCCCAUCUCAAGAGGGGCAUCACGGGGUGAAGGAGGUUGUGUCCCUGGGGUCAGUGGAGGGCACUGGCCCACAGAACCGGCAGAAGCACCAGGAGGAGGACAGAGACCUUGGCAAGACUCCCCACAGUAAGAUGGAGUUUCAGAUGAUGGAAGGAGCACUGGAGAGGAAGCAUGUGCUGCAGACAGGAGGCAGAAAGGCAAACUGUCGCACCUGGAGCCUGUUCCACACUGUGCUGAUGAGGCAGACACUGUGCUUCUACCAGGACAGAAAGGACACUCUUAAGAGCUCUGUGGUGGCCCUGCCCCUGAACUUGUCAGGAGCGCGCUGCACCCAGGACAUGGAGUAUACAAAAAAGACCAACUGCUUCAGGCUACAUCUGCGGGAUGGCUCCGAGUACCUCCUGAGAGCUCCAUCCCAACCUCUCAUGAAUGAGUGGGUCUCCAAACUGCAGCAGAACUCAGGUUUCCCCGAAGUGGAUUAUUUCCAGGCAGCCGUGCAGCCUGCAGAGGGUACCAGCUCUCCGAUGAGCAGCUCCCACCUCCAGGGACACCAUCAGCCUGUUACAGCCAAGAGCCAAGAGAUCACGCUGCUGCCCAGGUCAAGUGCCAGGAUGCACCUGCCUUUUGGAAAUCUGGAGGACCUACAGGACUCUGCAGCAUCACUGGCCGGAGAUAGUCAGAGAGCCAACAGCCAGAUGACAGGGCACAGGCGGUUCCAGUGGUCGCCAACAGGAUCUCCAAGGUCACAGGAUGCAAACUACCAGAAGGAAGACUAUGCCCUCUUAACCAACAAGAGGAGGUCCUACUCAUUCACCUCAGAUGUGCAACGUAAAGAACCGACUCACUUCCUCAAUACAGCACAGUGUCAGCUGAUCAAACAGCGGUUCCCUGGGGACAGUUGUCUGCUGAGAACGGAUGCCAAUGCCGGGAGUCAGCACCAUAUGGUGAUGCUUCCUCACAGAGCAGGCAGUAGAGCCCAGGAGUCCUGACCUUCAGCCCUGCCAAGCCAGCUUUCCUCUUUGGGAGCAAUCAUUAAAAAAGCUCUAGGAGCUGACCGGGGGGAGACGUCUAGCCCCAGGAGCUGUGAUUCUAGUAUGCAUUUGCUUCUUUCCUCAGCAGAAAGAUUCACUGGUUUAACUCAUCUCUGUAAGGGACCCAGUAUUAGAAUGAAAAUCUCAUGCUGACUUCUGUGUGCACUCUCUGACCUGCAGACACCACAAAUGCCGUACCUUGAGGGUCAUGCAAAGUGAAAGGCUGCCAUACCUCUUCAAACAGCCUUACCUUCCAAACCUUCUGUUUUCAGACCUCACUGGCCAUGCCCACAACCCCAGACUGCCCCACUCAAUGCUCAGGCCCAGUAUCCCCUGCCCCCUCCAUUUCCCCCAGCACUUGGCUUCAUGAGCCAGUGAAGAAGCAGAACCAAACAGACCCAACCUCUGAACUGCUCUUGCUCCUUGCGAUCCUUGCUUCAGGAAUCUUGCCUGGGUCACUUCCCAGGGGACUGAAGCAGGGUCCAAAGGGGUUAGCUUCCAUGCUUGGCAGGGGACAGGUCCCUGCUGCUGCCUCGCCAUGUCCCCUGGAGGGAUUAGCACUGUGCACAACACUUGUGCGCCCUCCCACCCCAGCACAUAGCAUUCUUGUGCUCUCAGCUCUAUACAUUAAGCCAUCAAGGCAUGUAAAUCUAUAAACCCCCUAAUCCAUUUCCCAUGUUCCUCGUGUGCUAGUCUGAUCCUCAGUUGAGGAACAGCACAGGAUGACUCCUGCUUUCACUGCACUGUGGGGCUCCCUGAUUUCUCUCUCCAGCUGUUGCAAGGAGGAAACCCACUGCCUGUUGCAGUACCUGGACGGAGCCCUGAAUGCCUUCCUUUUCCACCACCCGAGGAAAGCAUUGGUUGAGCCAUGGGUGUGCAGGUUAGCAGGGAGGCUGCUCUCCUGGCAUCUCUGCAGCUCAGAACUCGGAUUGGUGUAACCUUGCAGAAAAGGAGCUAGUAUUGCAGCCAACCUGCAGCUGCCUGGGAUUUUACAGUUGUCCCUGAUCUGCUCCUCAUGGCUGCUCGGGGCUUCACAGCAGCACAAGACUGGAGCAUGUGAAUCCCCAUCCUCCAGCAGUGGGGGAGAAGUGCCUUUAGCUGCUUGCAGUACACAGCUUGUGGCAGCCAGCUGAGGGUCAGAUCAAGUCAAAGGUGCCCCUAAGGCCAGCCUGAAUGAACAGGUCAUUGCUAUAUUUGAAAUGCUCUCCCCUUCUUUCCACUCUUUCUGCUGUGCUUUGCCCCCAUCCUCAGCCCCAUUAAUUGUCACAUGCAGAGAGCACAGCUGCUAGUGGGAAUCAAACCCCUUGACUCCUCAAGCAACACAAGCAAAAGGAGCCACACACUAGCUAGCAAUAAAUAAUAGGCUGUUACAAUCACUCAGUCCAACCUCCAGGGAAGGUACAUACCUUCACACAUACUAAAGGCACAUCCAACAUCGGCAUCUUACAUUGUAAUCCCUGCUAGUGUUGUGGCAGGGGGCUGUUCUGUGGCCCAUCACCCUGUCUAUGGUGAUGGACUGCCUGUUUCAGCUCUCCUCAGGAGGCAGCAGGAGACUCCUAGGGUAGUACAGAGACAGGCAGUGCAAAGCUGUCCCUCACUAGGUCUUCCUCAGGGUCUCCAGAGGCCCUGUUAUUGGUUUGAUAAGAGUACUGGGCCAUUUCUUCCUCUGCAAUUUAGCACCUGGUACAAGUGCCCAGUGGCUUAUCAAUUCAUGCUCUUUGCUCAGCCAUUGAAGGAAUAAGUAUUUCCCCCAAUAAAGCCCGGCUUCCCAGGAUGCCUGCGCUGGAGAAUCUGCUUGCUCUUAACUCAUGGU